GCAGGUGGGUAGGUGGGUGGGGAUGUCACGUGACCGUCAGUCUGCGCGCAGGUACGCAGUAAGACGGGUUGAGUGUCGCUGUACUCUGCUCCCAUCAGGUAAAUCACCGGACCGGGUUAUAAAUUGAUUGGGGAAACGGCGGAAAUAACAAAUAAGGAGUGAGGAGAGAUGGCCAACUUUAAGGGGCAUGCUUUGCCCGGCAGCUUUUUCCUGCUGUUUGGCCUUUGGUGGUCGGUGAAAUACUCAUUCCGGCAAUGCUGGAAGAGGAGCCAUUUACAAGGGAGACAGAGGCUGCCCCUGGUCUUUGACAGGGUAGAUUUUGUGGAAGGGUCCCUGAAGAUAUUCUUUGCCUUUGUUGGUAUCAUGGCUGAACAGUUCGUUCCGGACGGGCCCCACGCUCACCUGUACGACAGGCAGGACAAUGCCUGGGUGAAGCUAAUGAACUGGCAGCACAGCACAAUGUACCUGUUUUUUGGCAUUUCUGGAAUAGCUGACCUCCUAGGCAUGUCCAGCCUGCCUGUGCCCCUGGGCGUCGACCGUCUCGGACUCGCUUUGGCCCUUUUCAUCGAAGGGUUCCUGUUCUACUUUCACUUGCACAAUCGCCCCCCGCUGGACAUGCACAUUCACUCCCUGCUCCUGGUGGCUGUGUUCGGCGGGGCGGCGAGUACCUUUCUGGAGGUCUUCAAACGAGACCAUCCCGUACUGGAGUUACUCAGGAGCAGCUUAGCCAUCCUUCAAGGAACAUGGUUCUUCCAGAUUGGCUUUGUGCUUUACCCACUGAGCGGACCGGAAUGGGAUCUCGAGCAACACGAUAACAUCAUGUUUGUCACAAUGUGCUUCUGCUGGCAUUAUGCUGCUGCUUUGAUGAUCGUGGCUGUGAAUUAUGCCAUCGUCUGGUUUGCCGUACAAAAGUGUACGCGGAGGGAGACCUGUGACCUGGAGAUCGGACUACGGAAGACCUUGUCAGCCAGUGAUGCGAGCUCACAGAAAGCCCUACUCCACGACUCAGAAGAAGAAUAGACUGAUGCAUACAUGGAUAGAGAAACGCCAUUGAGGGUCAUCAGUAAUUCUGGGAAGGACGUCUUGGAAACAUUUUUUAUUGUAAAAAUUUGUUAAAAAAACCCUAGACCUUUGUAAUAAAAUAGUUAAUUAGAUAAGAAAUAUCGCUUGAUAACACAAUGAUAUAUAGUGAAGUUUUCUUAAAGGAACCAAGCUCUGCUUUAUUUUAAAGUAAUUCUAUGAUGCAUUCUGAAACAAUGUGGUCUUAUUUUAUGAAAACAGCAUAUUGUGUCUUGGGAAAGCAUUCGGCUUUAUCACGGUGAUCCUUAGCGUCUCGAUAGUAAGUGAAAUUUAUUUAGUGGUGAGAUCUUUGCUCAGAGGUAGAUGUGGUAAUAAAACUACACAAGAUCAGCUAA